GCCAAGUCUGCAGAUCCCCUCAAAGAGACCAACAACCCGCCAGCAAAGACCAACAAGGUCCAUGUUUUCAAUGAGCCUGCAAACCCCAAGGAGCCCAAACCCAAGGAACCUCAACCCAAGCAGCAAAAACCCAAGGAAGCUCAACCCAUGGAUCCAAAGCCCAAGGAUCCAAAGCCCAAGGAACCUGCAGCUCAAGCCAAGGAUUCAAAACCCAAGGAACCUCAACCCAAGAAGCCAGCAAAGGUCAAGGAGCCCAAGGCUGUAGAGGUUGCCCGCAAGGAGCCAGAUCCACCAGCCAAGAGGAUCCGCGGAAAGUCAUCAGACAAGGCCCUGAAAGGCAAGACGCCCCAGCUUAAGGAUGAGAAGGAGCCCGAG